CUUAACAAAUUACAGUGCCAAAAUGGAGAUCGAGCCUGCACAUCUGUGUAAUUAAUUGAAAGAUCGACGCCAUGAAAGUGGCGGUGGAGAAUUUGACUGGGACGCUUUUCUACGUGCAGAUGAGCAAUGACGCCACCGUGGCUGACCUAAAGAAGGAGAUUGGGGCCCACCAGAAGAUCCCUUGUGACCGUCUGAUCCUCCUUCUUGAUACUGAUCUUUGUCCCCUGAUGAAUCACGACGAAGACGAGGACCAGAGGGUGUCCCUGCAUGAUUGUGGGGUCCAGGAUGGGUCCCACAUUUACCUCUUCUUCAAUCCAAUAGAGGAUGAAUCUAACAGCAAUUACCAUGUCUGCUUCACUUUGCCGGAUGUUCUUCUCAACUAAUUAGAAAAGAACAUGCACGUAAUACUUUAUAGGGAAACAUCUACCAAAUUAAGGAAAUAUCACAGAGAGGUUAAAAGUUAAAACAGUGCUACGUUGUAGGAUUCAGAAUAAUUUUUGGUUCUUGUAUUCAGUUAUUACUGGCCAUUGGCAUGUAUGGAUAUAGAAUAGUGUGUCAUUUUUGUAUUGAAUUGGA